AUGCUGGGCCCUCGGCUGCUGCUGCUGUGGUGUUGGGGAGCCCUGCUCGGCGCCGGUCUGGAUGACACCUCCUUUGCCCACCUGGGACCCCAGGGGCUGAAAGACUCCCCACAGCCAGCGGCCGGCCGGGGCUGGUGCUCCACGUGGGGGUCCGGCCACUUCUCCACCUUCGACGGCCACGUGUAUGACUUCGAGGGGACCUGCAACUACGUCUUCGCGGCCAUCUGCAAGGACGCCUCCUCCCCCACCUUCAGCGUCCAGCUGCGGCGAGAGCCCGGCGGGAACAUCUCCCGGAUCAUCGUGGAGCUGGGGGCCUCGGUGGUCACGGUGCAGCAGGGAGCCAUCUCCAUCAAGGACGUGGGAGCCGUCAGCCUGCCCUACACUGGCAACGGGCUGCAGAUCACUCCCUUCGGCCAGAGCAUGCGGCUGGUGGCCAAGCAGCUGGAGCUGGAGCUGGUGGUGCUGUGGGGCCCCGGUGCCCACCUCACGGUCCUGGUGGAGGACAAGCACAAGGGCAGGAUGUGCGGGCUCUGCGGGAACUUUGACGGCGAAAAGACCAACGAGUUUCUGAGCGAGGACGGCACGCACCUGGAGCCCCACAAGUACGCCGCCCUCCAGAAGCUGGACGACCCCAACGAGAUCUGCGUCCACGAGGCCGUCCCGGGCCCCCGGGUCCCGCAGGCAGAGCACGCCCGGACCUGCGCCCAGCUGCUGGCCCUGGUGGCGCCCGAGUGCGACCUACCCAAGGAGCCCUUCGCGCAGAGCUGCCAGGCCGACCUGGCCGCCUGUGCCGAGCCGGGCCGGCAGAGCUGCGCCUGCGCCACGCUCUCCGCGUACUCGCACCACUGCAGCCUCGCCGGCCAGCCCGUCAGCCGCUGGCGGAGGCCCGGCCUCUGCUCGCUGGGCCAGUGCCCGGCCAACCAGGUGUACCAGGAGUGCGGCGAGGCCUGCGUCAAGACCUGCUCCCACCCACAGCACAGCUGCGCCCACUCCUGCACCUUCGGCUGCUUCUGCCCGGAAGGUCUGGUUCUUGAUGACGUUUCCAAAAACCUCACCUGCGUGCCCGUCGCCCAGUGCCCCUGCACGCUCAGCGGUGUGGCCUACGCCCCCGGGGCGGUCACUGCUGACGCCUGCCGCUCCUGCCAGUGCACCAUGGGGCGCUGGAAGUGCGAAGAGCGGCCCUGCCCCCAGCCCUGCGCCCUGGAAGGCGGCUCCUUCGUGACCACGUUCGACGCCAGGCCCUACCGCUUCCACGGCACCUGCACCUACAUCCUCCUCCAGAGCCCCCAGCUCCCAGACGGGGGCACCCUCUUGGCCGCCUACGACAAGUCUGGGUACUCGCAUUCGGAGACCUCCUUGGUCACCCUCAUCUACAUGAACAGCCAGGACAAGAUCCUGAUUACCCAGGAUCAGGUGGUCGCCAACGAAGAGGCCAAGUCGCUGCCAUACAAGAUGGGCAACAUCACGGUCUUCAGGCAGACGUCCACCCACCUGCAGAUGGCCACCACCUUCGGGCUGGACCUGGUGGUGCAGCUGCAGCCCAUGUUCCAGGCCUACAUCACCGUGGGGCCGCGGUUCAGAGGCCAGACCCGCGGGCUCUGCGGCAACUUCAACGGGGACACGACAGACGACUUCAUGACCAGCACGGGCAUCCCCGAGGGCACGGCCACGCUGUUCGUGGACUCCUGGCGGGCAGGGAACUGCCCGGCCGCCAUGCAGCGGGAGACCGACCCCUGCUCCAUGAGCCAGCUCAACAAGGUGUGCGCGGAGACCCACUGUGCGGUGCUGAUGAAUAAGAGCGCCAUCUUCGAGAGGUGCCACGCCGUGGUGGACCCCAAGCCCUUCUACAGGAGGUGCGUGUACCAGGCCUGCAACUACGAGGAGACCUUCCUGCACAUCUGCUCCGCGCUGGGGGACUACGCCCACACCUGCGCCUCCAAGGGCGUCCUGCUCAGGGGCUGGAGGAGCAGCGUCGACAACUGCACCAUCCCCUGCACGGGCAACCAGACCUACAGCUACGACAGCCGGGCCUGCGGCCGCACCUGCCUCUCCCUGUCCGACCACGCCGCCGAGUGCCACCCCAGCGCCGUGCCCAUGGAAGGCUGCAACUGCCCCGAGGGCACCUACCUCAACCACAGGGCCGAGUGCGUGCGCAAGGCCCAGUGCCCCUGCCUCGUGGACAACAAGCUCAUCCUGGCCGGCCAGUCCACUGUGGUCGAGGGCGACAUCUGCUACUGUUCCAACGGGCGGCUGAGCUGCCCUGGGCAGCAGCUGAUGCUCCUCGCAUCCUGCUCGGCCUCCAAGACGUACCAAUCCUGCAGCCAAUCCUCAAGGAACAAGUUUGGGGCGGCCUGUGCGCCCACAUGCCAGAUGCUGGCUACGGGCAUCCCUUGUAUGCCCAUCAAGUGCGAGCCCGGCUGCGUCUGCGCCGAGGGGCUCUACGAGAACGCCAGCGGGCAGUGCGUGCCCCCCGAGGAGUGCCCGUGCGAGUUUGGGGGGGUCUCCUACCCCCGGGGCGCCGAGCUAAACACCGACUGUAAGGCCUGCAUCUGCUCGAGUGGAAAGUGGACGUGCCAGCAGAGCGCCCACUGCUCGUCCACCUGCACGCUCUAUGGCGAGGGCCACGUGGUCACCUUCGACGGGCAGCGCUUCGUGUUCGAGGGCAGCUGCGAGUACAUCCUGGCCACGGAUGGCUGCGGCACCGAUGACUCCCGGCCCACCUUCAAGAUCCUGACGGAGAACGUCGUGUGUGGGAAACAGGGGGUCACCUGCUCCCGGGCCAUCAGGAUGUCCCUAGGGGGCUUGUCCAUCGUGCUGGCGGACGGGAACUACACGGUCAGCGGGACAGACGCCCAGGUGUACUUCCGGGUCAAGGCCGACUCCCUGCACCUGAUAGUGGACGUCACCAUCGGCAGCAGCUACAACCUGACGGUUAACUGGAACAAGCACAUGGCCGUCUCCCUCAAGAUCUCGCGAGCCUCGCAGGACCCCCUGUGCGGCUUGUGCGGCAACUUCAACGGGAACAUGAAGGACGACUUUGAGACGCGCAGCAAGUACGUGGUGUCCAGCGAGCUGGAGUUUGUGAACUCGUGGAAGGAGAGCCCGCUGUGCGGAGACGCCAGGCUCCCGGUGGACCCCUGCAGCCUCAACGCCUUCCACCAAGCCUGGGCCGAGCGCAAGUGCAGCAUCAUCAACAGCCAGACCUUCGCCGCCUGCCACGGCCAGGUGUACCGCCAGCCCUACUACGAGGCCUGCGUGCGCGACACCUGUGGGUGCGACAUGAGUGGGAACUGUGAGUGUCUCUGCGACGCCGUGGCCGCCUACGCCAAGGCCUGCCUGGACAAGGGCGUGUGCGUGGACUGGAGGGGCCCCGACUUCUGCCCCAUCUACUGCGACUUCUACAACUCCCACACGCGGGCGGACGACGGCCAGUACCAGUACGCCCAGGAGACCAACUGCACGUGGCACUACCAGCCGUGCCUCUGCCCCCAGCAGCUGCAGAGCCUUCCAUACACCAACAUGGAAGGCUGCUACAACUGCUCCCAGGAUGAGUACUUCGACCAGGACAAGGGGACGUGCGUGCAGUGCAUGCUGCCCACCACGCCGUCGCCGCCCACCACAGAAGCCAGGCCUACCUCGGCCACCCCCAACGUCACAGCCACCCCCGGAACCACGGGGCCCCUCAGCUCCGCCGCCCCCUCCUCCGCACAGACAGGGACAGCCCCGACCACGCAGCCAGAACCCACCGUCUCCUCGGGAGAGUCACCUCGAACGACCUCGGCCAUCACCACGCGAGCCACGUCAGGGCCGGCUCCCACAGCCACUCCCGGGUCAACAGCCACAGGACCUACUGUGACUCGGGCUACCACGCAGCCCACCACAUCCCUGCUCAGCACAGCCACGCAAUCCACAGCUCGGUCCACAGUGCGCACCACGGCGGCCUGGCCAAUGCCAACCACGCCAGGACUCGCCACAGGGUCCCCCCAAGCCCCUCACUCUGCCGGCACUGCCAAGACCACCACCUCCCUGCUGUCACACCCAUCCGCACCUGCCCUCUCUGGGACCACAUUUCCUCCACGCACCACGUUCCCCAAGACCACUGGUGGAGGCACAGGGAGCCCUGGGCCACACACUGCCACGGCCACACCCAAUGGCCCACACACUCCCCUCACUUCUCACUCCGCCCCCACCGGUUCCGUGGCCACCACCUCCCACAUUACAGGUCCGCCAUCAGGGACAUCAUUCCGCACCACCACCACCUUCCCGACCCCAUCUUCAUCCAACACCACUCAAUCCACCCAGGUCCCCAGCUCUGCCACCUCCUCUGUCACUGCCACUUCUCACAGAGUGGUCACCCCAACACAACCACACACCCCCUUUCCUUACAUCUCUACCACAAGGCCAACAGGCUCCUCUCCAUCAUCGACACACGGCCCUGCCACGGGCACAGUGCUCUCACCCUCCACACCGCCGUGGGCCACGGCCACAAGAGGGACCACCCAAGCCCCUCACUCUGACGGCACAGCCAAGACCACCACCUCCCUGCUGUCACACCCAUCCACACCUGCCCUCGCUGGGACCACAUCCCCUCCACGAACCUCCAUGUUCCCCAAGACCACCGGUGGAGGCACCGGGAGCCCAGGGCCACACACUGACACGGCCACACCCAACGGCCCACACACUCCCCUCACUUCUCACUCCGCCCCCACCGGUUCCGUGGCCACCACCUCCCACAUUACAGGUCCGCCAUCAGGGACAUCAUUCCGCACCACCACCACCUUCCCGACCCCAUCUCCAUCCAUCACCACUCAAUCCACCCAGGUCCCCAGCUCUGCCACCUCCUCUGUCACUGCCACUUCUCACAGAGUGGUCACCCCUACACAACCACACACCCUCCCUCCUUACAUCUCUACCACAAUGCCAACAGGCUCCUCUCCAUCAUCGACUCACGACCCUGCCACGGGCACAGUGCUCUCACCCUCCACACCGCCGUGGGCCACGGCCACAAGAGGGACCACCCAAGCCCCUCACUCUGCCGGCACAGCCAAGACCACCACCUCCCUGCUGUCACACCCAUCCGCACCUGCCCUCUCUGGGACCACAUCCCCUCCACGCACCUCCAUGUUCCCCAAGACCACCGGUCUAGGCACCGGGAGCCCAGGGCCACACACUGACACGGCCACACCCAACGGCCCACAAACUCCCUUCACUACUCACUCCGCCCCCACUGGUUCCGUGGCCACCACCUCCCACAUUACAGGUCCGCCAUCAGGGACAUCAUUCCGCACCAGCACCACCUUCCCGACCCCAUCUCCAUCCAUCAGCACUCAAUCCACCCAGGUCCCCAGCUCUGCCACCUCCUCUGUCACUGCCACUUCUCACAGAGUGGUCACCCCAACACAACCACACACCCACCCUCCUUACAUCUCUACGGCAAGGCCAACAGGCUCCUCUCCAUCAUCGACACACGGCCCUGCCACGGGCACAGUGCUCUCACCCUCCACACCGCCGUGGGCCACGGCCACAAGAGGGACCACCCAAGCCCCUCACUCUGCCGGCACAGCCAAGACCACCACCUCCCUGCUGUCACACCCAUCCGCACCUGCCCUCUCUGGGACCACAUCCCCUCCACGAACCUCCAUGUUCCCCAAGACCACCGGUGGAGGCACCGGAAGCCCCGGGCCACACACUGCCACGGCCACACCCAACGGCCCACACACUCCCCUCACUUCUCACUCCGCCCCCACUGGUUCCGUGUCCACCACCUCUCACAUUACAGGUCCGCCAUCAGGGACGUCAUUCCGCACCACCACCACCUUCCCGACCCCAUCUCCAUCCAACACCACUCAAUCCACCCAGGUCCCCAGCUCUGCCACUUCCUCUGUCACUGCCACUUCUCACAAAGUGGUCACCUCAACACAACCACACACCCCCUUUCCUUACAUCUCUACCACAAGGCCAACAGGCUCCUCUCCAUCAUCGACUCACGACCCUGCCACAGGCACAGUGCUCUCACCCUCCACACCGCCGUGGGCCACGGCCACAAGAGGGACCACCCAAGCCCCUCACUCUGCCGGCACAGCCAAGACCACCACCUCCCUGCUGUCACACCCAUCCGCACCUGCCCUCUCUGGGACCACAUCCCCUCCACGCACCUCCAUGUUCCCCAAGACCACCGGUCUAGGCACCGGGAGCCCAGGGCCACACACUGACACGGCCACAACCAACGGCCCACAAACUCCCUUCACUUCUCACUCCGCCCCCACCGGUUCCGUGGCCACCACCUCCCACAUUACAGGUCCGCCAUCAGGGACAUCAUUCCGCACCACCACCACCUUCCCGACCCCAUCUCCAUCCAACACCACUCAAUCCACCCAGGUCCCCAGCUCUGCCACCUCCUCUGUCACUGCCACUUCUCACAGAGUGGUCACCCCAACACAACCACACACCCACCCUCCUUACAUCUCUACCGCAAGGCCAACAGGCUCCUCUCCAUCAUCGACACACGGCCCUGCCACGGGCACAGUGCUCUCACCCUCCACACCGCCGUGGGCCACGGCCACAAGAGGGACCACCCAAGCCCCUCACUCUGCCGGCACUGCCAAGACCACCACCUCCCUGCUGUCACACCCAUCCGCACCUGCCCUCUCUGGGACCACAUCCCCUCCACGCACCUCCAUGUUCCCCAAGACCACCGGUGGAGGCACCUGGAGCCCUGGGACAUAUACAGCCACGGCCACACCCAACUGGCCACACACUCCUUUCACCUCUCACUUUGCUCCCAUGAGUUCAGUCUCUACCACUUCACAGUCCACUUCUCUCACCACCCGCGUCCCCAUGCCCAGCCUCAUGUCAUCCACGCUGGGGGUGACAUCCAUCCGAAGUUCUCCAGCCACGAACCUCACGACCAAGCAUCCUGGUACUACUGGCCUGCUUACCACGGUCUUCCUGGCCAGCUCCAUCACUGCGCACCGAAGCUCCUCCUCCCCUACUCCCUGGUCCUCCACGUCUUCUCUCCUCACCUCCGUGCCCGGCUACUCCAAGGUCUGCCGGGUGCGGGAGCAGGAGGAGGAGGUCACUUACCAGGGGUGCACAGCCAACGUGACAGUGACCCGCUGCGAGGGAGUGUGCGCCUCCUCAGCCAGGUUCAACGCGCACACCAAGGAAGUGAACACCCUCUGCAGCUGCUGCCACCCCCUUGGCUACUACGAGAAGCAGCUGGUACUGCCGUGUCCAGACCCCGGAGCACCAGGCGAGCAGCUGGUACUCACGCUGCAGGUGUUCAAACACUGCAUAUGUGGCCUCUGGCGCUGCAGAGACCUGGGGCCAGCCCUCCUGGCGAGAGGAUGA